AUGUAUGCAACAGAAUUAAAUGAUAUACCGAUGUUACAGAAAAUUCAAAACGAGAAUGACUCUGUUGACGAUACUUUUUUAGCGUAUAAUAACUGUAGUGUGAAUUAUUUUGCCAAAUACCAAAGGAAAAUAAACCCACCUCCAACUAAUGAUUGGGCUAUGAAACGAGAUAGCCAUAAAAUUUCCAGAGAACGAUUAAUAAAUUAUUACAUUCAACAAGAAAUUAUUGGAAAUCGACGAUUGUUAUCAUUUUCUCACUUAAAAGAUUGCUAUGCUGAGUUUGUAAUGGAAUUAUAUGAAAACGCAAAUUUAGAAGCUACCACAUUCAGUAAUCAUGCUAUAAAGGAAUUUAAACAAAAUUAA